AUGACUGACCUGGAGACCACUUUGGCACUAAUAGUUUACUACUGUCAGGAAAAAUAUUUCCACCAUGUUCUGAAUAUUGUACACAAAGAGAUGCAGGUGUAUAACAAUGAGCCGCUGCUCCUCUUCUUCAAAGGUUUUGCGGUUUUGAUGGAAGGUCGCAUCCAAGAAGCCAUCAGAGACCUGGAGGCAGUAAGGCAAGUGCAGGAUAUUUCACUGUGCUCCACCAUGGCUCUUAUUUACGCGCACAGAAGGAGCUCGGUCAUUGACCGAGAUGCUAUUCAGGAACUCGAUGCCAAUCUGAAAGAGAGUCGCAAGAUCGCAGGCGAAAGGCCCCUCUAUUACGCCGGGAUGUUCCUGUGGCUGAUGGACCGUCACGAGAAAGCCAAAGAGUACAUCGACAGGAUGCUGAAAAUCUCCAGUGGAUCGAAGGAGGGAUUGAUACUUAAAGGAUGGAUUGAUCUUACAUCCGUCAAGAUGACUAACAUGAAGAGAGCCAUGACUUACCUGGAAGAAGGACUACAGGAUUCAAAGAACCUGCUUGGUUUGAUGGGAAAGAUCCACUACUUCCAGAAGGAACAGAAUUAUUCGAGCGCCCUGGAGAUAGUCAGCCAGAUCAUUGUCACCCUCCCUGAGUUCCUCCCAGCGCUCAUCAUGAAGAUGAGGUUGUUUCUCGCUCAGCAGAAUUGGGAGCAAACUCUGGAAACAGCACAGAGAAUUCUGCAAAAGGACAGCAGCAAUGUGGAUGCACUGCAGAUGUUAUGUCUGCACUCUCUUUGUAAAGAAGGAAACCAGACAGAGGCCGAGGAUUUCAUCAAACAGCUAAUUGGAGCCUUGGAGAAAAGUGAACCUGAAAAUCCAAAGCUUUACCAGCGUGUAGCUGUUGUGUUAAGCAGAAUGUGUUCACGGAACAACACCAUCCUGGAGCAGACGUACAGUUUGGUCGAGCAUGCUGUCCACUUGAACCCAGGGGACGCAGAGAUGGUGACGGAGUUGGGCUUUCAACUGAUCCUCCAGGGGAAGGUGGGACAGGCAGCCAAGCAGUACAUGGCAGCCAUGAAACUGGAUGAAAGCAACAUGCCCGCCCUGACAGGAAGAAUUCGAGCUCAGAUUCUACAAGGGCAGAUCCAAGAUGCGGAGCAGCAGUUGGAAUUCUUGAGGGAAGUGCAAGAAUCCAUUGGAAUGUCUGGGGAGCUGGCUUACCUUCAAGCUGUUAUAGCCGCAGAGAGAGGCCAAGGGCAACAACUGAUCACUAAGUUGCUGAAGCAAGCCGCAGAUAUUCACUUCCUGGCCUUGGAAAACCUUCCUCUGGGUGUGGAGUACUAUGAGAAACUCAACCCUGAAUUCCUCCUUGACAUUGUAAAGAAGCUUUUAUCCUUCUGCCCACAUCAGCCCAUUACCCAAGGCCAGGCUUUAUCACUGCUUCUGCGACAAUGUGCCAUGAUAUUGGACCCAGUGGUCAAAGCAGCCCCUGGGAUGAUGGAAGCUCUCUAUUAUAUGGCCAAAGUCAGAUUCCUCUCAGGGAAGUUCGAAACAGCGCACGGUAUGCUCCAGCAAUGUCUCCUGCUGGACCCCAGUUUCUCUGAUGGCCACUUGCUCAUGGCUCAGAUUUACCUGUCCCAGGGCAACUUCAAGGAGUCUUCCCAUUCCCUGGAAAUGGGACUGAGCUACAACUUCCAGGUCAGAGAGCAUCCUAUCUAUCACCUGAUAAAAGCCAGAGCUUUGAAUAAAAUGGGCAAUGUUGUGGACACCAUCACAACCCUGAAAAUAGCGAUGAACCUGCCCGGAGUGCGACGCAGCACGGCUGGAAAGACCAAGGGCGACGCCUUCAACAUCAGUACGAACGACCGGGUCUCUGUCUACCUGGAACUGGCAAACGCCCAUCACGCCAACGGACAGCAGCACGAAGCCGCAAAAGUCAUGCAAGACGCCAUCCACGAGUUUGCGGGAACGGCGGAGGAAAUCCGGAUCACCAUCGCCAACGUGGACUUGGCUCUGAGCAGGGAUGACCUGGAGACGGCCUUCACCAUGCUCCGAAACGUCCACCCCGACCAGCCCUACUACACCGAGGCCAAGGAGAAAAUGGCACAGAUUUACCUCCAGAAACAGAGGGACAAGCGGUUGUACAUUGGGUGCUACAAAGACCUGUGCGACCAGCUGCCAAGUCCUCACACCAGUCUUCUUCUUGGUGACGCGUAUAUAAGCAUCCAGGAGCCCGAAAAAGCCAUUGAGAUAUACGAACACGUCUUAAAGAAAAACCCUCACGACGGACACUUGGUGAAGAAAAUCGGUCAGGCUUUAGUCAAGACUCACCACUACACCAAGGCUGUUCAUUACUAUGAAGCGGCACUGAAAAUUGGUGGCCAGGAAUUCUUGUGUUACGACUUGGCUGAGCUCCUGCUGAGACUCGGUCUAUAUGACAGAGCCCAGAAGGUCCUCAGAAAGACUCUGGAGCACGGAGCGAUAAACGAUAUAACUUCGCUGAUGAGAGAUGUCAAAUAUCUGAUGCUCUUGGCCAAAGUCUGCAACAAAACUAAUGAAAUGCAGGAGGCAAUGGAUAUAUUGAACAAGGCCCACGAGUUGCAAGGGCGAAUCCUGAAACGCCUCCCCCUGGAGCAACCAGACAUCAUCCCAAUCCAGAAGCAGCUGGCAGUCUCCAUCUGCAGUCAACUGGCCCAGAUCUCCGUGGACCAGCGAGACUUUGACAAAGCCAUCCGAUAUUACAAGGAAGGCUUGACUUACGCAGAAAAUGACUCGACGCUGAUGCUUGAGCUAUCGCGCCUGUACCUGACCAAGGGAGACAAUGAUGAGUGUGAGCAGCAGUGUGUCGCACUGCUGAAGAACGUUGAGAAUAACUACGAUGCAAACAUGAUGAUGGCAGACCUCAUGUUUAGAAAACAAGAAUACCAACAGGCUAUAUUUUAUUACCGACAGAUGUUGGAGCGAUCGCCAGACAACUUUGCGGUCUUGUGCAAACUCAUCGAGCUGUUCAGGAAAGCUGGGAAACUCGACAAAGCUCCAGAAUUCUUGGAGCUAGCAGAGAAGAAGUCAACCCGGACUGCUCUGGAACCGGGGUUCAACUACUGCAAAGGCCUCUACCUCUGGCACAUAGGGCAGCCCAACGAUGCCCUGAAGCAUUUCAACAAAGCACGGAAGGACAGCGACUGGGGUCACCAGGCCAUUUACAGCAUGAUCCAAAUCUGCCUCAACCCAGACAAUGAGAUAAUAGGAGGGAACGUGUUUGAAAGCCUGGAUGAGGAGACCAGUUGCGACUUCACUGAGAGGAGAGAGACUGACCAGCUGGCAGUCAGGACGGCAGAGAAACUCCUCAAGGAAUAUCACCCUCGCACGAAACAAGGCCAGGAGCAGCGCUUAUUACUGCAAAACAGCUGCCUCGUAGCCACCAAUGAGCGAUCCAACGUGGAGAGAGCUCUUACCGUGCUCACGGAGAUGGCUGCGACUAAGAAGGACCACGUGCCAGCACUUCUGGCCAUAGCUCAGGCCUGUAUGGUGCUGAAGCUUGUGUCUCGGGCCAGGAACCAAUUGAAGCGAAUAACCAAGAUAGACUGGAACUCCAUGGACGCAGAGGCGUUUGAGAAGAGCUGGCUGCUGCUCUCUGAUAUCUACAUUAAAGCGGGGAAGUUUGACCUUGCGAUGGACUUGCUGAAACGCUGCUUGCAGUACAAUCAGUCAUGUUGCAAGGCGUACGAAUACCUGGGGUUCGUCAUGGAAAAGGAGCAGUCCUACAUGGAUGCAGUAAACCAUUACGAAAUGGCCUGGAAGUACAGCAGUGAGUCAAACCCCACCAUGGGCUACAAACUCGCCUUCAAUUACUUGAAAGCAAAGAUGUACGUGCAAGCAAUAGACAUUUGUCACAAGGUGCUGAGAAAUUAUCCAAAUUACCCAAAGAUUCAAAAGGACAUUUUGGAAAAGGCAAUGAUUUCUCUUAAGCCCUAGGAGAGCCUGACGUUCUUUCCCGUACUCGGUCAACCCCAGCUUGAGAAACCACAUGUAAAUGUAGAAUUCUCCAGCAAGA